AUGCUAAUUAGCGAAUGACGUCAUCCAGCGAGAGCGACUUUUCAAGCAGGCUUUAGCUGCUUUCAGUUGGCAACACCAGGGUCAUUUCUCCAUUUUCUGAGCUGUCUGACGUUACAGUGCCACUGGCACAAAUUUGGGGAUUGAAAAACUACCUUCCAGGUUUUUUCCUACACUUUUCCUCUCCGAGGCUGGAUUUCAUCGCGACUUUCAGUGCGCUCGUUGGCCAGGUGUUUUAUUCCAAGCAAGAGGCUUGUUGCUCUUUGUUCUGUGUUGGGAUCUGUUGGAGCGAAAGCAUGGGAGCGCAAUUCUCGAAGACAGCUGGGAAGGAAGAAACAGCUGCAGAAAACCCCUCCAAAGCUAACGGACAGGAAAAUGGCCAUGUGAAGGUGAACGGAGACACAUCUCCAGCGGCUGCUGAAGAGAUAGAAGAGGUUCAGGCUAACGGCAGUGCGGCAGCUGAGGAGGGAGAGAAGGCUGAGGCAGCUCCAGCUGAAAAGGAGGCUGUGGAGGGAGAUCAAGCAAACACAGAAGUAAGUGCAGCCACUGAAGAGGAGGCCGCGAAAGCUGAGGAAGACGCAACUCCAUCCACAAGCAACGAGACGCCGAAGAAGAAGAAGCGCUUCUCUUUUAAGAAAUCCUUCAAGUUGAGCGGCUUCUCUUUUAAGAAAACCAAGAAGGAGAUGGGGGAUGGAAAUGGCAGUGAGGAGGCCAAAACCGAGGGAGCUGAAGCUGUUGAAGGAGGUGUGUCAGAAGAGGAGGCGGCAGAAUCCAAACCAGUAGAGGAGCCCGAGGCUGCCAGUCCUGCCCCUGAGGAGUCCAAAGAGGAGGAGAAACCCGCAGCAGUGACAGAGCCUGCUCCUUCUAAGGAUGAAGCACCUGUAGCAGAGGAAUCCACUCCCACUGUUCAAGAAGCAGAAUCCAGUCCAGAGGUCCAUGCAGAAUCUGCCACAGAGUAAUGUGCACAGUGCAGAUCAACAGAGAAAGAGGGAGGGGGGGGCGACAACAACAAUAGAUAAUCAAGGCAUAUUUCCCUGUUGUACAGUGGAGUGGUCCCAGGUUAUGAGACGUUGGAGAACUAAAGAGCUUUUUAGUCUUUACUUUUUUAUAUAUAUAUAUUUUCCCUCUUCCCAAAUCUCACUCUGCCUUUGUGGCUAUUCCUGUAGCUGUGAAAAAUGGGUGGCUACAUUAAAUAAUACAGAAAAAUUAGAAUUAGUCUCUCAUAUAUAUUUUUGCAUCAGUAUUAACUGAUGGUUUAGGGGUCAAAGAGGGGUGCAGGGAUUGGGAAUGAGGGUUUUUAAUGGCACCUUGAUGACUCAGCGUUACACCACAGACCAUGUAGUAGUACAAAAAAAGAACGACCAUUAAUUCAUCCACUACAGUUUUCAACAAUAAAGCGAUUUUUGUAUAUAAUAACAAGCCAAUUUAACUUGCAAUGCCAAGUUUAAAACAGCAAUUUUAAAAGUCCUGGGAACUUUAAACCCUUUUUUUAGCUGUAACAGUCUGUGAAUUCAGUGGGAAACAAUUUGCAUAUGCUUUAUAGUGUAUUGCUGGUUCUACAAGCUUAUUCAAGUGUAAGUAUGUAUAGACGGGGUGUUUUAACUGAUUAUUGUACAAAUGAUAUCUUGAUCUCAAGAAGCACAUGCAGCUCUUCUAUCACCAAGUCUGUUUUUGUAAGUCAUCCUCAGACCAUUGGAAAUUUUUAUUUUUUUUACUCAAACCAAGCUGUGACACGUAUUCCUGUUUAUACUGUGGUUUUUGAUGCUUUUCAGUGGUCUUUUGAAACAAAUUAAGGAACCUAUCAGAUGCAGUGUUUGUGUAGCAUCUUGUCUCUUUCUUUUGUAAAUAUUGGAGAAGCUUUUACCUUUGACUUAGGGAUUGAA